AUGGUCACCUGGACUCCUCCAGCUGCUGGUGGUUCGGAGCGCACCAGUCAGACGAAACAUAUAAAUGCUAUUUCCCACCCAGGACCUUCCUUCCAGCCACCUUCUACGUCGGCUCCCCGCGAUCAACUAGCUCAUGAGCCAAUCUGCAUCUCAUCUGAUGAUGAGAGUGCAUCUGACGCAGACGAAGAAGCUAGUUGCGACGGCUCUCAGGAUAUGGAUGACUCAAGGUCGGAUGAUACACUUCCGUCUAUCGAUUCAAUCAUCGCAUCUAUUAAGAAGAGCUCGUCUGAUAUAUCCCCCACUAGGUCUCUCAUCGCCAAGCAACCACAGGCACUUGAUACCGAUACUGGUCUGUCAAGCCUGGAGGCAGCAACAGGUCCAGACAUGUUGCUUUCUUAUCCACCAACUGCUCCGCAGGCAGGUAGUGCAGAGCAGAGUCAUGCGUCGAAUAGCCGUGGCUGUGUUGACCUAGUCACCAUGGGCAAGGCUGGGACAACAGGCCACCCUCUGAAGAUACGAGAGGUUUCCUGUCCACCACCAUCUCUUCUUAGUGAGCCAGAUGCACAAUGCGACCGUUCUGAGAGCUGUAGAGCAUCUGAUGCUAAAGCCACGGCGCCUCAGCAUGCGAUAGAGCAGACACAAGACGAUUCACAGAGCAUCGGUCACGCACUGAGAAGCUGUCCGGAAGAAUGCUCCGAUUCUCAAUCCACCUCACAGGCCAGCUCCAACUCCGACGGCCCUCGGCGGCAGCGAGAGGAGGACAGUCUCAUAUCCUCCGCCUCACUAUCGCUGUACAUCCGGGAAGAAGAGAAAGAGCGCAGCGACACGGACAAGGCUAUCAACGACAACAUCAGCCAGCCCCUGGUACAGCUUCGCCGCAAGGGAACACGCAAGGACUGCUCUACUCCGGAGCAAGACCCGGCCUCCAACUGCGAUUCUGAUUCUGAUGUCAGCUCAAUCUCUAGUUCUGAAGCUCCUGUACGGGGCGACGAGGAUUACUGCCCCUCCCCAAGCCGUGGUGAAGGGGAGCAGGCAAACAAUGAUUUAGUUGAUGAUGAAGCGGACAGUUCUGGCCAGGCCCCUCCAUGCAAACGUCGGAAGGUGGGAGGGUCUCAGUUCAGCCCCAGACCCCGUCACAGGGGGCGACGCCUUACCAAUCGUACACGUACAGCCAAUAGAUCAGGACUACAUACGCCGGCCCAUAGUGCCAGCUCGGUGUCAUCGCAUGACUCAUUCGUCGGAGCCGAUGCCGAAAUGCCAGCUGCAAGGUUUGAGGAAUGGCCUUUACAAGGGGCCACGCUCAAACGCUUGUUCGUGGACGGCAAAGUGACCUUCCAACUAGAGUUCGGCUGGGAGCCGUGUGCCAGUGGCCAUGCGCCAGGCUCCCAGAGCGCCAAUGGGUUUCAUACUCACAUAGCGAAGAGGCCGCAUCGAACCCCGCGAAGCCCAGCCAGUCAUACUUUCACCCGUGAGGAGGAGGAUCUCAUUGUCAAAUUAAAGGAAGAGCAGCAGCUUCCAUGGCCGGAAAUCCAUAAACAGUUCUGUGAUGAAUUUCCACAACGACGAUCUCAGGGAAGUCUUCAGGUUCGCUACUGUACACGGCUAAAGAAGAGGAGUGGCAAAUGGGCUACAAGUAAGUCUAGGUAG